AUGCGGCGGGCGGCGUCCUCACGAGUCGCCGAGGCCUCCAAGCAGCGCCCGGAACGUCUCGUGCGAACGCAGGAGCGGAGACUGCGGCCCCGCUGCGAAGUUCGUCGCCCCACAGCCCGGAAUAGCCCGUUUUUUUAUUGUUUUUUUCCAGGGACUCAAGAAGGGAUACCCGAAGCUACCCAGGAUGCAGCAGCUGCUAAACAAACAAAGUUAUCUGUAAUUCCUUACUUCCUGUAUGUGCUUUCAGAUCCAAAUAAAUUUCAGACUGGUAGGCUAGAGCCCGGCUUCAGACUUUCCUCCUUGAAUAGUUCCAGCGUUGAUCUACUGAAUGAAAACUGGGCCUACGGGCGCAAUCAACAAAGCCGCAGGUAUCUGGCCAAAAUGAUACAGCAUUUCCCUAGCAGUGGGAUUCUGAACCAGGAGGGACACCUUAUCAGCUGGAUGUUGAUGGAUCUUUUUGGCACCCAAGCACAUGGGUAUACCCUCCCAUCAUUCUGUGGGAAGGGAUAUUUAGCUAUAACCGCUAAGGCACUUUGUAUGCAGGCCUAUAAUGCUGGAUAUUCUGUAUAUGGCUUUGUUGCACUAAAAAAUAACCAUAUGCAGAGAUUGUUGGAAAAGGGAGGGUAUCAGAAAGUAUCUGAGCUGAGCUACUUGUGCUUUCAUGACACCACUUAGCAGUACAGAGUGAGGAUAGAAGCUACCAUAUUUUCCUUGAUUUAACCAGAUUUUUUUCACCUGUUCCGUGAACACUGAGAGAUACUUAUGCACUACCUAUCUGAUAGCUAUAGGACACCUCCCAGGUGCCAAGUUGGAUCAGGCUUAUGAAGAAUAUUUCUCUGAAAUUUCUUUGAUUGUCUUCCACCAAUGUUAGUUUGAUGGCUGGGCCUAUUCUUAAAUGUCUCAUUCGUUGACUUAAAAUAAUAUUUAGGAUUUGAAUUCUACCUCAUCCCCAAGUUCUCCACAGGCUUCCUAUAUCCGCUGGAGGCCCUUUUGGAAGGUGUCAACUGCUGGCCAGAUUCAGUUCUCUUCCUCUUUGGCUUGAUGUGCUAUAUUGGUUAUAACACUCUACAUAAAGAAAGCGAACCAAAAUAAAUUUCUGGCAA